CGUCUUUGGGAAAUGGUAUUAUACCACUUUAAUUUCUUGUUACUUUAAGACGGUUACUGGUGGCUUUGCAGGAUGAAAAACAAGUGCUUAUUCAUGCAACAGCCACGGGGAGGGUGUGAACAGUCACCCUCGAAAGUGAAAGUAAAAAAUGAUCUUUUGAUAUCACCCGUGCAGUCACCGUGUUGUCGACGAGACCUGUGCGAGCACGAGGCCCGUGUGAUAUUAGGCCUGGUACGAGACUGAGUUUUGGGAGUGAAAGGGGGACUGGUGCUCCUGCUGUUCCAGAACAGUUUGUGCUCAGUGCUGUCCCGGCCUCCGGAACCAUGACCUGUUCUGCCGCGUGCCUCAUGGGACUGCUGAUGGGUUGUCUGUGGGUAAUGCCCAUGGUGAAGACAUCCACUCCAGCUGAUCUGUGCAAGCCCAUGCACACCCUGAAGGCCAGCCUCAACUUCACCAACAGGAGGCAGUACAUGAAGCAUAACUUCCCCAUUAAUUACACCAUCAGAGUGCAUUAUGAGGAGGUCUUCAGAGUCAGCAACAUCAGCCGGCUGAAAGCGCAUGUGCCGGGUUUACAGCUGGGGGAUCUGCAGGAGCUGUGGCUGCUGGUGAAUCAGGAGAUCCUGAAGAAGGUGGUGAGAGUUCUCCCUGAGAGACACCCAUCCCGCCGGUACAGCUCCAACCUGGAGGACCUCCUCAGGAAGGUGCAGCAGGUCUUCCAGACAGUGCGGGACCGCCAGCACGAGGAGAGCGAGCCCCCGGAGCAGAUCCAGGAGAUUUGGGAGAGGGUGUGGGACCCUGAGGCUGCAGGGUGGAAGUGGGUGAAGCCCAAGGCCUUGCUGGAUAACUGCUACAGGACCAUGCACUGCCUAUUCAGCGACUGCUUCCAGGCACCGGAGCAAGAGGACUACUGUGAUGUUCGACACUGGAGGAAGGGGAACAAGAAACAGCAUCCGCAAGCCUGAAGGAGACUCCCUCUCUCUCUUUCUCUCUCUCUCUCUCUUUCUCUCUCUCUCUCUAAGAGGGAUUCGGGCAGAACCGGGCCUGGGUUCUGCCUUGCCCAGUGCUUUGUGGGUGGACAGGGCCUCGUGCUGGGCUGAACACUACACUGCAACACUAUGCUUCUGAACAAUGUCAUGGAAACGGCCACACACACACCGCUCCGCAUGGACUCCGCUGCCUCUGUCCAUGCGCCUCUUUCGCAUUCUGCAUUAUCCACCUCAAGAAGGAAGAGGAACUGUGAUUGGCUCAGGACUUGUGUUCAUGGUGUUUUCAAAGAAGAGGACCUCUGAUUGGUUAGAACAUGUGUUCACAGUGUUUUGAAUGAAGAGCGUCUCUGAUUGGUUAGAAUGUGUUCAGUGUUUUGUUUGUGCAGCUGGUCAAACAUGGAGUUUCCUUCACAGCUGACCUUUCUGUACUGUAAACACGGAGCUUCUGAGAGGACGCUGCAUCUCGCCGGCAUGUUCUCUGCUCCCCGCGUGUUCCAGCACAGCCCAUAGUCCCCUGUAACCACGGUCCACUUUCUCCAGAUGAUCCCGUGUAGGAUGCUGUGGAUGAGUGUUUGUGAAGGCAGCCUCUUGUCCCGGGUAGCUGAGCUGUGGAGUGUUAUUGAACUGUGCGCAUCUUUCCCGCUGCUCUGCGAAACUGCCUGCAGAUGUUCAGCCGACUUGCUGGCUUAGUUGGCAAAGUUGCACAACACGUGACAUUGGCCUUAAGCGUUUGUUGUGUAACUGCUUACCUAUAGAACAGUCUGAAAAGGCCAAAUAUCCCAGUAUAUAAUAUAUACAUAUAUACAUAUUCAUUUUUUUUACGGUGGCCAGAUGUUUUACAUUACAGAUAUAUUUGACUUUUUUAUGUGGAACUUGUGUUGUUUAGCUAUUUAUUUAGGAGGGUAGCCAGGUUUGCUGAACUGAUGUGUAAGUGAUCAAAAUAAAUGUCAAA